CUUCGCCUGAAAGCUUUUUUCGCUUUCUCAUUUUCCAACAAAUUUCUUCUCAUUUCUCUCUCGCUUUUGGGAUACCAAAGAGAUGAAGGGGUGAAGAGAGUGUACAUGGGCUACUUUUUGUCCGGGCAUUGGCCGUGAUAUUGUUUUUUGAUACAACACGGGAUUGAACCCACAACCCCCUACCCAAACUCCACCCAAUCCAAAACCCCCAGUGCCACUAGACCAAGAGGUCUUAGGUGGCCGUGAUAUUGUUGAUCUGCACUUUUAUGAGGUAGACCAAAAAUCUACUAUAUCGGUGCUUGAUGGGGGGAAUUUGUUCACGGAAGAGAGACCAACAGGUCAUGGAAGAUGCUGUACCUCGGGAGACCUCGGCAAGAUAUUGCAAAAGUGGCAGUUCAAAAUGGCUGGGAGCCUCGUGUCGACCUGCUAUUGAUUGUCAGUCAGGAGGAGGCAAUUGCCCAUCUCUUUUGGAUUUGUGCAUACAGAGCGUUUGUAAGGAUAUUGGGAGAUAUAGUUCAUUUUCAAUGCUUCCAAGGGAUGUAAGCCAACAAAUAUUCAAUGAAUUGGUAUAUUCCAACUGUCUUACCGAUGUUUCUUUUGAAGCUUUCAGAGACUGUGCUCUCCAGGAUGUUUGUUUGGUUGAAUAUCCUUGUGUGAAGGAUAGCUGGAUGGAUGCUAUCUCCUCACAAGGAUCAUCUUUACUUUCUGUCGAUCUCUCUUCUUCAAAUGUUACCGAUACUGGCUUGGCUUGUCUGAAAGACUGCACCAACCUCCAAGAGUUAGCUUUGAAUUUUUGUGAUCAAUUUUCAGAACAUGGGCUUAAACACAUUGGUGGUCUCUCAAAUUUGACCUCUUUGAGUCUUAAACGGAGCAGUGCAGUAACUUCUGAAGGAAUGCGUGCCUUUUCGAGCUUAGUUAACUUGGAAAAGUUGGAUUUGGAGAGGUGUACAGGGAUUCAUGGUGGAUUUAUUCAUAUUAAAGGGUUAAUGAAACUCAGUUCUCUUAACAUCAGAUGUUGUAAAUGCGUUGUAGAUUCAGACUUGAAAGCUCUCUCAGGGCUUACAAAUCUCAAUGAGCUACAAAUUUCCAACGGUAAUAUCACCGAUGUUGGAGUUUCUUACUUAAAAGGCUUGCGCAAGCUAAAUAUGUUAAACUUGGAGGGAUGCAACGUAACUGCUGCCUGUCUGGAGUCCAUUUCAGCUAUUGUUGCCCUGGCAUACUUAAAUCUUAACAGAUGUGAUCUCUUUGAUGAUGGCUGUGAUAAAUUUUCUGGACUUGUAAACUUAAAGUUAUUGAGCUUGGGGUUCAAUGCUAUCACGGAUGCAUGCUUGGUUCAUCUAAAAGGUUUAACAAAAUUGGAGAGUUUGAACCUGGAUUCCUGCAAGAUAACUGAUGAAGGACUUGCUAAUUUGACAGGUCUAAAACUUCUGAGCAGUUUGGAAUUGUCUGAUACUGAAGUUGGGAGUACUGGACUGCGUUAUGUCUCAGGUUUGACUAAUUUGGAGAAUUUGAAUCUUUCAUUCACAUUAGUGACGGAUGGUGGUUUGACAAAGUUGUCUGGAUUGGCUUCUCUUAAAUCACUUAAUCUGGACACUCGCCAAAUUAGUGAUUCAGGACUUUCUGUCCUUACUAGUCUUAUUGAUUUGGCACAUCUGGAUCUUUUUGGGGCUCGUAUUACAGAUUCUGGAAUGAAUUAUUUACGCUGCUUCAAGAAGUUGCAAUCCCUUGAAAUAUGUGGUGGAGGAUUAACUGAUGCAGGUGUCAAGCACAUCCAAGGUCUUGCGUCUCUACGACGGCUAAAUUUGUCACAAAACAGCAACCUGACAGAUAAGACCUUGGAAUUUAUUUCUGGAUUGACCACGUUAGUAUCACUAAACAUAUCGAAUUCUUGCAUUACCAACGAGGGGUUAAAUUACUUAAAGCCUCUGAAGAGUUUAAGGUCAUUGACUUUGGAGUCCUCCAAAGUAACUGCAUCCGGAAUCAAGAAGCUUCAGUCUGUUGCCCUUCCUAAUUUGGUUAGCUUCCGCCCAGAAUAGGUUCAAUCACAUUUAUAAGAUCCUCUGUAAAUAAUAUGCUACCAAAUACUAGGGCAGCUUUUUGUACAGGCUAAUAUAGUAAUAAUGUUAUAAAAUGGUAAAACGAACCUAGAAUGUGGGCCAGAAACCAUUGUCAUAAAUGUACAAAUGACCUACUUGUGAAGCAUGUCAAGUGUAUAUUGAACCUCAUCUUUGUAAUAAACUGUACAUAUAUGAUAUAACCAUAAGCUGUGUUUCAGAAUUUUUACUAAAAUAUUAA